AAACGCUCUUAUACCAACCGCCUCCUGUAUUGAAUUAGUUUGACACAUUAUUUUCUUCCCAUCAAUUAUAGGAAGUUCACUAUAACUUCAUGCAUCUUUUUAUUUUUCUCACAAAUCCCCCUCUUCCCUUUGGGUGACACUAUAUAAUCCGUUAUAUUUUUUUCACCCAAAAACACCCAUACUUUUCCGAGCGUGUCACAUCCUUUCAUAUACAUACUAUCUAAAAUACCCAAAACGCCCUUUAGAGUCUCAAAGAUGGAUAUGUGUACAACGCUACGACCCCUCCCCUAGUUUGCUAUAAUAGCUCCAUCUAUCUAAACAUUCCUUGCUUUAAUUAGGCUGAUAAUUGAAAAGCAAGAGAACCCCAUGAGCACAAAUUUUAUACGCCUUAACUUAAACAGCUGUUUUAUUUUCCAUAUAAAGGAAGAAGUAAAAGAGAACAUCACUUUGUUUCAAGGGGGUGUAACAUUCAAUUUCGUACAAGAUGGUAUAUUUUCAAAAGUAUUACUAUAAAGAUCAUCAUCAACGUCAAAUUCGAAAACUUGAUGAAACAUUUGGGUGUGAUAGUAAGAAUAUCAAGGAAGAUUUAAGGCUGAUCAAAAGAGUCAAAUCUAAGCUUUUUCAUCUCCUCUACCUCUCUUUCCUCUCUUGCAGCUUCAUCUGGCUGUCUCAGAUUUUCGGGUUCCCAUUUUCGUUCUCUUGUAUUCAUCAUGGAGCAGAAAAUUUUUCGUACGAGAAAUUGAGUGUAGAUCCUCCUAUUGCAUCCUCUCUCUCCAUUGGAACAUUAUAUUGUGAUCGAAGCCAUUUUCGAACGGACAUAUGUUUCAUGAAAGGAGAUAUUAGAACAAAUUCUUCUUCCUCUUCAAUCAUCCUAUACACACAAACGAACACGAAAGCCGCCCCUCUAAGUGACAUCCCAACAAAAUUCGAGGAAUACGAGCUAGAACAUGAAACCAUCAAGCCUUACACCCGAAAAUGGGAGACGAGUGUAAUGAACACAAUUGACCAAAUACACCUUAUCUCAAAAUACAAACCCAUUUCCCAUCACAAAUGUGACGUUAGUCAUGACGUUCCGGCCAUUUUCUUCUCAACCGGAGGUUAUACGGGCAAUGUGUACCAUGAAUUUAAUGAUGGCAUAAUCCCUUUGUAUAUAACUUCUCAACAGUUCAACAAAGAAGUCAUCUUUGUUAUACUUGAAUACCAUUCUUGGUGGUACACAAAGUACCAACAAGUCCUUGCACAACUCUCCAACUAUCGUCCUAUCAUUUUCAAUUCAAAUUCCAAGACACAUUGCUUUCAAGAAGCCGUUGUUGGACUUAAAAUUCAUGACGAGCUCACAAUCGAUUCAUCGUUGAGUAAAGCCAACAUCAUAGGCUUUCGAAAUCUUCUAAGCCGAGCUUUCGAGGCACCAAAGGGUUUACUUGUAGUGAAUCAUUACAACAAGAGGCCAAGGAUGGUCUUGUUGUCACGAAGAGGGUCGAGAGGCAUAACUAACGAGCGUGCACUCGUAAAACUAGCACAAAAAAUCGGAUUCGACGUACUAAUAUUAAAGCCUAAUCGAAAAACCGAACUUGCUACAAUAUACAAGGCUAUAAGUAAUAGUGAUGUUAUGUUUGGAGUUCAUGGUGCUGCUAUGACACAUUUUCUGUUUCUUAACCCUAAUUGCACCUUAGUUCAAGUUAUUCCCCUAGGAACCGAAUGGCCAUCCGAGACUUAUUACGGGCAACCCGCCAAAAAUAUGGGAUUAAAGUACAUUGGGUACAAAAUUCAUCCUAGAGAGAGCUCAUUGUACUACAAAUAUGAUAAAGAUGAUCCUAUUUUGAGAGAUCCAAAUAGUGUAAAUAAAAAGGGGUGGGAGUUUACUAAGAAGGUUUAUCUAGAUGAUCAAAAUGUGAGAUUGGACCUCAGAAGGGUUCAAAAGUUGUUACUUCGUGUACAUGAUGAUUACUUCACCAAGUAAUCUAGUCAGUAGUCUUUUAGGCCACACAUGUAAUGUAUAAAUGAUUUCUCUCUCUCUUGUAGCUAAAAUUGUUAACUCAACAAGUUCAAAUCAUUUCAGACCUAUCAGUUUUUGUUCAACU